AUGCGACUCAAUACAGCGCUGCACAAAGGUGGGUGUUGUGUUGUGUUGUGUUGUGUUGUCUGCUUCGGCCGCGGAGCGGCUGGGAAAAAGGAGCAAGCGGCGCCCUCUGGUGGCUGCAACCUGGAGCCGCAGCCUGCGCGAGAGGACCGGGGGCUGGUUCGGGGUGCCACAGGGAUAGGCAGCUUCUUCAGACCCCUGACCUGCGCUCAGUCCCCCUCCCUGCGGAAGCCCUGCGGCGGCAACCCCGAGAGGUUCUACCCCAGCCAGUGUCUGGAGAGGAGAUGCUGCCAUGCCAACGGCACCUGCUACCACCGUGCCACCGAUGCGCCCCGCCAGCGCCGGAAUGCCGGGAUCCUGGGGGGGAUCUGCGUGGGGGCCGCCGGGCUGUUCCUUUGCAUCUGCGUCGCCUGCAGGCUGAAGGGCAGCCGGGCAGCAGGGAAGGAGGCGGGGGAACCAAAGUCAAAGUCGGAUGCAGAGUUGGCUGAUUAUCUGAUGAAGCUGCUGGAGGAGAGUGACCAGGAGGAAGAGGAGAGGAUGGAGCCUAGGGAGGAAGAGCCAAAAGAAGUGGGGGAGUAGGGACAGGCUGGGGGGCAGCUGCCCCACCCCCACCUGGACUGCUGCACCCCUCACACAAUAAAGGGUUAAUUUUU